AUGGGCGCCGUGGCCGAGGCGGCGUUGCGCUGCUCCACGGUGGUGCGCGCUGUCCUCCAGCGGCUGCCCGUCGAAGACCUCUUCCUGUGCGCGCGAUACGACUACCUGUGGGCGCGCGUCGCGGCCACGCUUCUUCGCCGGAGGCUCAGCUUCUUCACGUUGCUCCACGAGGGCGACGUCGGCGCGGCGUCCGCGGACGCGGCGUUCAUCGAUGAACUUCGGUGGCGCCUCGACCUCGCCGAGAAUGCGUGCCGGCGACCCGCCUCUGCCAUCGUGUUCAGCUGCUGCGAGAAGACUUACGAAGCGCGCGCUAUCGCGUCGUGCUUCCCCGACGGUACGAGCGUCGCCCAGGUCGAUGUCCUCUGCCCCGUCCGCUUCCAGAGGCGAGGUUUCCUGGAGACGCGCGUGACGCGCCUCUGCGUGCUGGUGUUGUUCGAAAGGCCCGGCACCGAAUUCCAAUGCGAAUGGGUCCCAUGCGUCGGAGGACAUUCGGUGGAGGCUGUGGACACAGCACUAACCGUCUCAAGGGAGGCGGCCUCACUGGUCGUCGCCAAGCGUAGACGCUGUCACUGCGGCGCCACGAAAGUGACGUACCGUCAUCAGAGGACGGGCCAGCCGGCACGGUUCGCCCUCUAUGCCAGUAGCGUCGUCAAUCGCAGAACGUUUCGGAGGCCACCCAGCUUGUACCACGUGGCCAGCUGCGUCCUGGGCACGACACGAGUCAGGGUGCUCAAGCAUUCUCCCGGAAACCGCUACGGUGUUCCCGUCUGCUGGGGCGCCACGGUUUUCGGGGGCAAGACCAGGGCCACGUCUGUCAAGUACCGAGGGUCCGCGACUGACGUUCAAGUGUCCAAACACCUGUCCGGCGUUAGAAGCGAGUUCGGCAACGUCGAAGACGCUCUCGUGCUUUUCUUUCAAGAGGAAGUGCUGAACGCUCCCGCCACUGAAGUCAUCUGGAGCGUUUUCAGCGACGCCGCUGCCGUUCUGGGAAUGGCGGCGAGUUCUCUGGCCUUGGACGUGAAUCGUGUGGCAUUCAACCUCGAGCCAGUCGGCGACAACGAGUUAUCAAAACGCCUGGAGACACCCGUUGUCGUAGCCGUCCUUGAAACCUGAUUCCUGAACGUUUUUUGUCAAGUUGUGCGAGCACUCGUUGAUGACUGUGGCGUGACUAACCCAUAUUCUACCGCAAGUUGGGCUCUUGAUGCCUGCUUGUGGCCUUCGUGAAUACCUUGCAGUCGGGCCCACAUGACGUGGGUAUGAACAGCAUUGGUCACUGCAAAUGGUACCUCAAAACAGCUUAUGGCUGUCGUAGACACCUUUACCGGUUUCAAAACGCGCCAAGCUAUCGUGCAUGAGUUGGUGAAUAGUAUGACCAAUACGUGUGCUACGCUACGAAUCAACCUAUAGAGUUCCAGGGACUUCCGUAUAAGAGUUCCUCAUCGGACACAAGUAACGUUAAGACUGAUAACCUCGAGUAAGAGCAGUGAGUCUGGGGACUUGACAGUACCAGGAUGACUGACAGCAGUUGUGAUCCUAUAUGUCCUCUGCAAAUACUAUACAGGGACUGUCAAGAAAGUGUCAUGCGGGGCGCUUGGCAACAUGUAUUUAGUUUGACAAGUCUUGCACCAUGAAGCAGUGUGCUCCACUAAUAUAGGAUAUUUUUGUUGAACGCAAGUGACGCGAGAACAUGUAGGCUCAGCAAAGGCAAUAAUGCCGGGCCAUUGGACUGUUUGAAGACACUGGUUGGCCUACAGUAUAUCUUGACGCCCGGAAGCUCGAGGCCCAUAAAGUUCGAGACACAAGAAAUCACUGAAGUAGGCUUUGAUAAGUCAUCUUGUCGUUUCAAACGUAUCAACGGCGCAAGUGUAACUUGGAGACAUAUGGUCAUGGUUGUCGC